GAAUCUCUAAGGAGAAGAAGUAAAGGUUUCCCGAGGCAAAUGUGGCUCCGUCAGACUGAAGAGACACUGUGUAUGUCCCUGAAGCUUAUUUCAAAGGGGCAAUCCAUCCACCCUCCGUACCUUUCUGCGCAUGUGCGAAAUAGCAGGCAAGAAACCGGCAUGUCGUCAGCCAUAUUAGCAAUCUUUUACCGCGUUGUUCGAAGAGGUUCUUUGAAAGUUUUUUUCAGUUCUUUUCUCUAGUUAUUUAAGCAGAUCAUAAGAUGGAUGUUUCGCAAGACGAUCACCGGAAUUCACCCGAUUCUCUUUCUGUGAGCAAACAACCCAAAUCCUGGUAUCGCUGUUGUGUUUGUGGGACAACGUCUCGAAAAACACCAGACAGGAAAUUCUUCAGAUUUCCUAAGGAUCCUAUUAGAUCAAAACAAUGGGCUGCUGCAUGCAGUAAUCAAGACUUGUUAAAUAAAUCACCAACUGAUUUGUAUAAAACUGCACUAAUAUGUUCGUCACACUUUCAAAGAUCACGAUUACUGUUCACCAAAGAUGCGAUAUUUACAUUCCUGUGCAGUGCCGACAAAAUUUGA